GGACGUGGGAGUCAGUGGUUUAGGACUCUAUGUGUUUGGCACUAUUUCGCUGAUUAUUUCCCACUAAAACUACUGAAAACACACGAUUUAGAUCCUGGUAAAAAUUAUUUAUUUAUUGUUCACCCGCAUGGAGCGUUAAUCAUGUCAUGUAUUGGCAAUUUUGUCACACAAAGCACAGGAUUUUUGAACUUGUUUAAAGGCUUUAACAUCAGGGUAGUUACGCUUGACAUUAAUUUCUGGCUCCCUAUCCAUCGAGAUAUAUUUCUUUUCUUAGGAUUAAUUGGCUCGAGUAUACGCUCUAUUGAAUGGUGUUUGAGUGAUCCAAAUGAAAGAACCAAUCAAGUGGUGGCGCUGAUUGUUGGCGGGGGUCGCGAAUCACUGGACGCCAAACCAAAUACAAUGAAUCUUUAUUUGAAAAACCGCAAAGGAUUUGUCAAAAUAGCCCUCACAACCGGCACAUCUCUGGUACCGGUGCUCGCGUUUGGCGAGAAUGAGAUCUACGACCAGAUAGUGUUCCCAUCGGAGUCUCGUUUCCGGCGAUUCCAGGAAUGGCUAUUGAUUACAUAUUAUUACACUUUACCUGUUCUUAAGUCAUACUUACCAAACAGACACCCCGUUGUAACCGUGGUUGGAAAGCCUAUAUCUGUGGCCAAAGUAGAGAACCCGUCGCCCCAACAGAUCAAUGAACUCCACGACAAAUAUAUCAAUAGUUUGCGUCAAUUAUUCAAUGAAAACAAAGACAAAUAUGGGCCGAAAGACUUGAAACUUAUUAUAAAUUAAUAUUUUUAACUGUUGUUUUUUAAAUAUUAAUUUAUAAUAAAUAUA